GGUCGCAAAACGAGAAUAAUGGUCGAGUCACCUCCACAGCACGCGACAAUACUACCCAACGUCUCUGGUUCAGCUACCGGUCCGCUGAACAGAUGGCCCAAAGACUCAACCGAGGCCCAAUCCCCUACAUCCUCAAGUACCAUGUCAGAGUCGACUUUAACCCGUGAACGCGCCGGCGAUAGCAUCCGUCUCCCUCAUCAUAUCCCGUUGUCUCAUCGCACACCUAAACGAAUAACAAUUCGCUCUGACCCAUCCUUAUUGACAUGCUUUGACCCUGAAGAUAGGGAGUUGUAUGAUCUGUGGGCGCCGAAGGGAUGACCACUCUCCUCGGGUCUUAAUACCAGGUACCAGGCAAAGUCUACGAGUUAUAGCUUGGCAGUUUUCUUUCCACCGCUCGCCCCGCUCCGUCUAAACCGGUGUUUACCCAAGCCGCCACCCGACGGAGCCUUGCUCCAAGCUUGGCAGAAGCGGGCAGAAGCUCAGCGCUCAGCAGUCGCGCGGGACGUUGAUCAACCGUCGGAACAAGUCCCGGUUCAGGCACGACUCACGGAUCCAUGACAGCGUCAGCUUUCGCCGGCCUUCGCGCCACAUGGCACAGUACCAUGACUGAUACGGCGUGCGGCGAGCACGUCACGACUUGCCAGCAUACUUAAGGAUUGCUAAAUGAACGUGACCGGCAAAAAUCCGGUUCCUCGCUUCUCGACCUUGCGCUCCGAAGAAGUUCGAAAUGUUGCGGUCACAUCGAAGCAGCAUUCUAUCACUAGUGCUUCUAUUCUCAGCUGCGUCAUCGCUCGUAGAGCCCGCUCUGGCACGCCAGCCAAACAUUCCUCCACCACCCUCUAAUCCCUACUUGGAUCCCAAGGACGAUCCUUAUAAUCCUUUACGUUAUAUUGCGUCUAACACGUUCACCGCAAUUGCCUUCUCAAUUGUGCUUGCAAUCGCCUUCAUACAAACAUGGUACACCUGGAAAUACCGUGUCAAGUGGAUGUCUGCGAUGGUGAUAGGAGAGUACACAUAUGCCAUCGGCUUUGCUUGCCGUUUUGGCCUUCAUUAUCAUCCUGAAAGUUCUGGAACGUACAUCGUGGAGUACUUGUUUAUCGUCCUUUCACCGUGCGCGUUCAUCGCGGCCAACUACGUAUUGUUGGGCCGCCUCGCAACGCACAUCAACUGCACCCACCAUGUACUCUUACCUGUCCGCCGAUUGACGUGGAUAUUUGUGACAUCUGAUAUCACCACUUUCCUCAUCCAAGCUGCAGGAGGUGGCUUGUCGACGUCGCAUGAUGUCAGCUCAGCGCUAGCGGGCUCUCAUAUUUUUCUGGCCGGUUUAGUGCUCCAAUUGGCGUCAUUCUUAGUUUUUUCCGUCAUAUACGCUCGCUUCUUGUACAAAGUCUGCAGCCAAGACCCUGAACUUUUGCGGAGAGAUGCAAGCGGGAGAUGGUAUCGUGACUGGCGGACGCUUGCAGGUGCGCUUGUCGUUAGCUGUAUAGGAAUUUUGGUCCGUUCUGGGUACCGUGUAGCUGAGUUGUCCCAAGGUUACAUCGGCCACCUUGCUACAACGGAGGCCUUCUUCUACGGCCUCGAUACUCUGCCCUUGCUGAUAGCCAUCGGUAUCUAUGUACCGUUCUGGCCAGGGAUGUUCAUAUCCCCUGAUGCCACGUUUUUACCGAAAGAGGCUGAACGUGAAGUAGAACAGAAAUUUCCACAUGGUGCCUCAGUGGUAUAGACCUUCACGAUGCGCAUGGUUUUAGGCGGAACUGGAUAGAACCGAAGAUAAUAUUUGUUGCAGCAUGUAGUGGUGUUGCCUUUGUACAGCUCACGUUGUACUUUAACAACAUUCAUAACUAGUACUGCCCACUACUGAUAGGAUAUAGCCACUCUACUCAGUGCGCAUUUCACGCGCUUAUUAUUCAAUGGGAUAUUUCCCCUUUUAUG